AUCUCCCUCCUCUCUCCUUCAAACGUUGCGGCCCCUCUUCUUCCUCCUUCAGAUUCUAUCACUCUCUCUUUCUCUGCAUACACACACAUAUAGAGAGAGAGAGAAGGGAGAGAUACUCCUCCACUCCCUGGCAGUGUACGGCGCAAUAGGUACGGAGAAUGGGGGCGUACAGAGCGGACGACGAUUACGACUACUUGUUCAAGGUGGUGCUGAUCGGCGACUCCGGCGUCGGGAAAUCCAACCUUCUAUCCAGAUUCACUCGCAACGAGUUCAGCCUCGAGUCUAAGUCCACCAUCGGCGUCGAGUUCGCCACUCGCAGCAUCCGCGUCGACGACAAGGUCGUUAAGGCUCAGAUUUGGGACACCGCCGGCCAGGAACGAUAUCGUGCAAUCACAAGUGCCUACUAUCGAGGAGCUGUUGGUGCAUUGCUUGUCUAUGAUGUCACUCGUCAUGUUACCUUUGAAAACGUGGAGAGAUGGUUGAAGGAGCUUCGCGACCACACAGAUUCCAGCAUCGUCAUCAUGCUCGUGGGAAACAAAGCAGACUUGCGCCACUUGCGAGCUGUUUCAACCGAUGAUGCCAAGGCAUUUGCUGAAAGAGAGAGCACCUGUUUCAUGGAAACCUCUGCCCUGGAGUCCAUGAACGUGGAAGACGCCUUCACAGAAGUGCUCACUCAAAUAUACCACGUCGUCAGCAAGAGAACUCUUGAUGGUGGGGACGACCACACAACUUUGCCCAAGGGACAGACAAUUAGCGUCGGGAGUAAAGAUGAUGUUUCAGCAGUAAAGAAGGCCGGUUGCUGCUCUGCUUAGAGCAGAUUAGAGCAGAUACCUAAUCCUAUGUCAGUUGAGGUUCUUUUUGUAUUCAGUUAUAAUCCUUGUGUUGCUAUUGAACACUUCCAAUUAUAUAUAAAAUUGACAGGCCAUUAAAGUUUGUCAUUUAUUGGCUCACAAAAUCUUAGUUCACACCUUUAUAACA